AUGGGAAUGAACACAGUUCAACCGAUAGAAUUGAAUCGCGCUACAGGAGCCCUCUCAAAGCGGCCCUAUGUACCGCAGGAACCGCUUACUCGCGGUGAAAAAGUAAAGCGAUGGUUCCGAAAGUACUUUUUAGAAGGUCAGCACUUGGAAGCAGAAGCCGCAGAGGAAUUGCAAAAGCUACCAGAAAACCCUACGUGGGAGGACCUAAUCUUCAUAAAAUACCGAAAAUUCGUUGCCAUGCUCAUUCCCUUCGUCCUUAUGCAGGUGACUCAAAAAUCAAUAAUUUUCAUCAAUGCAAAACCAAUAAGUCUAUUGAAGACCGUCUGGUGGAUGGUUGCCAUCCGACAUAACUUCUUCCAAUGGUAUCCGGAUUAUUGGCAUAUGCCUGUGACUAUGAUCUUAGGCUCCUUCGUUGGAGGUAUGACGUCGGAAGGGAGUGGUGCAGUAGCUUUUCCCGUCAUGACAUUGGCCCUUCAUAUUGCACCAUCGAUCGCCAGAGAUUUCUCGCUCAUGAUCCAGUCAUGCGGUAUGACAUCGGCGCUUAUGUGUGUGCUAUUCAUGAAGGUGAAGAUCGAAAAUCGUGCUGUGAUACUUGGCACCCUCGGUGCGAUUCCUGGCUUCAUAAUCGGAGUGCAUUUCGUUGAUCCCCUGUUUACUGGGCCACAGAAAAAGAUGAUGUUUGUGGCAAUUUGGACAGCGUUCGCUAUCGCUCUGGCAAUUCUGAACUCCCAAAAAAGACGCACCACUUUCAAGGAAAUCCCCGACUUUUGCUUAUGGAAAGCUGUGGUGCUGUUCAUAACCGGAUUUGUUGGAGGUAGGUAG